AUGGCGUCCUUCGAUGAAGUGAACGGCGCCUGCGAAUACCUUCGAAAGAAGGUUUCAUUCAAACCUCAAGUAGGCUUGAUCUGCGGCUCAGGAUUGAGCAAACUUGCUGAUGGCAUUCGGAACCCAAUUGUGAUUCCCUAUGAAGAAAUUCCUAACUUUCCUAGAACCACAGGCGAGUUAUUUGCUGAAGGGGCACAUUGGCAAUCUGAUAUUUGGUACUAUGGGUGGAAAGAGUGUAAUAUAACUUUGCCAAUUCGAGUGAUGAAAUUGCUGGGAUGUGAGUACCUGAUUGUUACCAACGCCACGGGGACAGUUCAUUUGAAUUACAAUGUUGGCGAUUUAAUGGUGGUGAAGGAUCACAUCAGUAUUCCUGCUCUAUGCGGCUUCAAUCCCCUCUGCGGUGCCAACGAUGAGAGAUUUGGACCACGUUUUCCAGCUCUGUCUGAUGUUUACACAAAGGAGUUACGACAAUUGGCCCUCAAGGUUGCCGAUGAGAUGGGGAUCAUGGAUAUCAUGCACGAGGGUGUCUACCUCUGCGUCAGUGGUCCGACAUACGAUACUCCAGCGGAGGAUCGAGUUCUUCGUCUACUGGGUGCUGACGUCGUGGGCAUGAGUUUAACAGCUGAAGCAAUUGUGGCCCAUCACUGUGGAAUGAAAGUGUUGGCUAUCUCGCUUAUUACUGAUCGUUGUAGCUUCGAAAACGGCACGCAUACGUCAGAUCACGAGGAGGUGCUUAGAGCAAGUCUAGAGAGCAGUGAAACCAUCACCUCGAUGGUGACUCAAAUUCUGGGGAAAUUGUAA